GACAGACCUCAGCUCAGUCCUGCGGCUCUCAUUGGCUGGCAGUUUGUACAAAAUCCAACUCAAACCACUUCACUCACAACACACCAACAAAUCCUAAAGGCGUACAUGCAGCCUCCUCCAUCACUCCUCAGCCUUCGCACCGAUUCAAAACCCGAAGCAGCCGCUCCAUCUUUAACUUUUAUUCCCACAGUUGUUCUGUCUCUGAAGACGGCUGCUCCUGCUUUCGGUGGGUUGCGGUUUUUUUUUUAUCCGCCAGGACGUCCUUAAUCUGCACUGAGUUUUAUUAUUUCUCCUGGAGGAAACCGAGCAGACAAAGAACUUUACAGUCGUCGAUAGCAGGGUGCCCUGUGUAACACGGACCACACGGCGAACAGAGGACACCAAGUACACCUCGAGAGCUCCAUCCAUUUUCAAAAUUUUUUCCAACUUCAGCCCUCAGACAAACAUUAGCAUGAUGUCGUAUCUAAAGCAACCACCUUACACAGUCAAUGGCCUCAGCUUAACUACUUCCGGAAUGGAUCUUUUGCAUCCAUCAGUGGGCUAUCCAGCAACGCCACGGAAGCAGAGGCGAGAGAGGACUACUUUUACGCGCGCACAGCUCGACGUUUUGGAGGCGUUGUUCGCCAAAACUCGGUACCCGGACAUAUUCAUGCGCGAAGAGGUGGCACUGAAAAUCAAUCUACCUGAGUCCCGAGUACAAGUUUGGUUUAAGAACCGGCGGGCAAAGUGUCGCCAGCAGCAGCAGCAGCAGCAGAACGGGGGCCAGAACAAAGUGCGACCAGCCAAAAAGAAAAGUUCCCCAACCAGAGAAGUGAGCUCAGAGAGCGGGGCCAGCGGUCAGUUCACGCCCCCAACCAGUACCACCACAGUUCCCGCCAUCUCAACCAGCACCGCCCCGGUGUCCAUUUGGAGCCCGGCGUCCAUCUCUCCGCUCUCAGACCCCCUGUCUACCUCCUCCUCCUGCAUGCAGAGGUCCUAUCCCAUGACCUACACCCAGGCCUCGAGCUACAGCCAGGGCUACGCCGGCUCGACGUCCUACUUCGGCGGCAUGGACUGCGGCUCUUACCUCACUCCCAUGCACCACCAGUUGUCAGGGCCUGGUUCAACUCUCAGUCCGAUGAGCACAAACGCGGUCACAAGCCAUCUGAACCAGUCCCCGGCGUCCCUCUCCACCCAGGGCUACGGGACGUCCGGCCUGGGCUUCAACUCCACUGCAGACUGCUUGGAUUAUAAGGACCAAGCGGCGUCGUGGAAGCUGAACUUCAAUGCCGAUUGCUUGGAUUAUAAGGAUCAAACAUCCUCGUGGAAAUUCCAGGUCCUGUGAACAGAGCAAUCAGCUGUCAAAAAAGUGCACAAACAGUGACGAUCACAUCAGACACAGCGCUGCCAUCCCUCAACAAAACACAUCGGACUGGUUCAAAUGUCAGCCGGGCUCGGCGAGGCAGGGCUCUCAGGGGCCUCGAGGUUUUGGCAUGAUGGUCUUUGGUCCUCCAAGAGGAGAGGUUUAAUUUAUUUUACCACUGGCAACGAGAUUCUUUCCCCCUGUUCAUUCACAGGUUGUAGCCCCUUAUCCAUGUCUGUCAGUGUGUGCCUCUAUGCGUAAAAAACACCUGUUGAGGACAACACAGAUAAACGCCACAGCCACGGAACUAAUGUUUAUCCAAGAACAAAACUCUUGUUAAUUCUGCUGGUGAAGUGUUCGGGGUGGACAGACCUCCUUUAAGCUUCUUACACAACUUUGCCAACCUGCUGGCAGAGAGACACGAGGACGGUGUGUGGACAUGGAUGCACUACUUUAUUUAAGAAAAAAAAGUGUUUAUAAGGAAUCAAUAUGUAGUUUCUAAGAGACAAUCAGUGUGUGUCUUAUAUAAAUGGUACAUAUGUGUUUUUUUUUUAUCUGUGCUAGCCUUCGAAACUGUGAUCUGUUGUAUUGUAUGCAAUUUGUGAGCCCCCCUCGCAUCAGACUCUGCUGUGAUUUUAAUAGAUUUCUAACUUUUUUUGAACAACGAAAGAUGCUAAUGGUUAAACGACCGGCAUCACAAAGAGAGACGAGACUUUCCUAAGCACAUGGUAGUAAUAAAAUCAAGGGUUAGCCACACUGGAAAUGACUCUCGGCUGCUGAGAGCUCCACACUUGCUCCCCCUCCACUGAUCUCAAUACACGGUGAUUGUGGAUCCUUUACUGGCUCCAAAGAUGGUGUGACCUCACCGCUGAAAAGACAUGAAUAAAGGUCCUGUGAGCUUACUCUUUCAUCAAGGGACGAUCUGUGUGUGUGUGUGUGUGUGUGUGUGUGCGCGCGCGCGUGGAGAGAGUGGGAAAUGGAGAAUGAACAGUGUCAGUGCUGUGUGCAAAACUAAUCGUGGGUAUUUUUUUCAGAUGGUUUAUUUGAGUUACAUGAAUAUUCUUAAUCACUUCCACCAAAAAUUUGACAUUUUGCCAAAUGAAAUAACAAUACUAGCCUAAAAACGAAUAAAACGUAUAAUAAUGACUUUAAUUUUUAUUUUAGACAGGCCUCACUUUAAAAAUACUAUUUAAAUAUAUAUUUGGGGGGAAAUAAAAAAAAAAGAUCCAUGCAUUUAAUGAAAACAAGGUGGCAUAUUUUCACAUAGGCUAGUGGAGGCAGUUUUGCAGGUGGUAAUUGGGCCAAUAAUUGCCGUUUCACUGGCGACCAAACUCAGUUUCUUCAUGCAUAGUUACUCCAACUUAUGUGACAUAACACACCAUGGAUUUAAAUGACCUUGCUCAUACCUUCCGUUUUGUAAUUCUUAUUUUUAAACCCACCCGAUGCUCACUGUAAUGUGGGAGGAUACAUCCAAAAAUUCUGUUCAAGCUCUGUUAACGAAAAAUUGCCGAAUUUGACAAAUGUUGUCAUAAAAAAUUAAUAUGGGGUUAUAAUUUAUUCUAGCUCUGCUCAGGUUUGUUCCUUUCUUAGUUUCCGGCAGUUCAGUUCGGAUAGUCUCAACAAAGAGAGUGUGCGGCUUGAGAAAGCAGUGUUUAAUCCCGGCCUCCAAGAGAUGUUAAUCCCAAUAUUCUACCGGCGGGGGUUUCUCUGGGACUCAUGGGCAGCAGUGGUCCAAUUCAAAGCCCACCGCAUGGGUUUACAUGCCUGAUCCCCAAAUGUGCGCUCUAAUACGAAGGCUAAUAUUUCAUGUAACAAGACAAAACGUAAACGCAUGUUGAUGUUCAAUUCAUCUAUGGAGAAACUGAAUUGCAUGUUAUGUAUGAACACUUCAGCAAAGCUUUAACUUCAUAGGGAUAUUUAAACAGAAAAAAGGACUAAAAUCACUGCUGAGUAUAAUUUUGUUGAUGCUUUUUAGUAGCUGGCAUAGGUGAUGAUUUAGGCUGUGUUAAUACCCUGCUGUGUCGUGAAUAAAAAUAAGUAAUCCAAGGUAUAAACCUGCAGAAACCCGGCACUAAAACCUAAAAAGUUACUGCUUAAAGCAACAUUGUGUGUUGUAUUUUUUAACCUCAAGAAAAAUCACCAUAAUAUGGGCUAUCAAGUUACUUGUAUAUUCUGUAAACUGCAUCAUAACCUUUUCACAUAUUUGCUGCACAAGGUAGGCUAAUGGGGUUUAUUUGCAAAAGCACCCUUCUGAUUUUUUAAUAUUUUUAAUUUCUCUUAACGGUAAUUAAGUUGUUCCUUAACUCCAUUGAAGUGCACAAGCGCGGCUACAACUUCUUAAACUACAUUUGAGGAGUCAGAAGGUUUGUUUGCAUUUACUUUUUUUUUUUCAAGUCCAACGCUGCUGUCAGCUUGGACGGCACGAGACAAUAAAGUCAGAGCGGCUAUGAGAUCUGUAAUGAGUCGACAUGGCUCUGCAGCGGGCUAAUUGUUAGAAGUCCAACAUUCAAUUAGGAUCCUUGACAUUGCCAAUAAUCUCUCUUUCAUUGGAGUCUCCGCUAAAGGAGCACACUAAUUAAAAGCGUUGCUUGAAAUAAUCGAAGCGUUAAAGAGAAGAGCGACUUUGAUUCCACUCCUGCGUGGACAGAAAAUAGGUGUGUGUGUGUGUGUGUGUGUGUGUGUGUGUGUGUGUG